GCUAAGUUUCGUCACUCGUUAUCACGAAUCGACUUUAAAACGUCUCUUCAAUCAUUAUGAGUGGUAAAUUUGUUAGAGCAUCCAAAUAUCGUCAUGUAUUUGGUCAAGCUGCUAAAAAAGAAUUAUGUUAUGAAAAUUUGAAAAUCACCAAGAACGCUUGGGAUUCAAAUAUUAUUAAUACUAAUGGUAAAUAUAUAUCUGUUAAUUGGGAUGCUUCUGGUGGUGGUGCUUUCGCGAUUAUUCCAAUUACUGAAGUUGGUAAAGCUCCUGAUACUGUGUCCUUAUUUAGAGGUCAUAAAGGUCCAGUAUUAGACACUGCUUUUAAUCCUUUCAAUCAACAACAAGUAGUUAGUUGUUCUGAUGAUGGUAAGAUCCUCUUGUGGGACAUCCCAGAAGAUUAUUCAUUCCACAAAUAUCUUAAUGAAAAUGACGAAGUUAAAGAUAUUAUCGAACCAACUAAAGUUCUUUCUGGUCAUACUAGAAAAGUUGGUCAUGUUGGCUUCCAUCCAUGUGCAGAAAAUAUCUUAGCCUCUUGUUCAAUGGAUUACUCAGUUAAAAUUUGGAAUUUGGAAUCUGGAGAAGCAGUCCAUACUUUACAACAUAAAGAUUUAGUUACUUCUUUUGCUUUCAAUUAUAAUGGUAGUUUAUUAGCAACUACUUCAAGAGAUAAAAAAUUAAGAAUUUGGGAUAUUAGAGCUGGUAAAGUUAUAUCUGAAGGUCCUGCUCACUCUGGUGCUAAACCUUCUAGAGUUGUAUGGUUAGGUAAUACUGAUCGUAUUAUAACCACUGGGUUUUCUAGAAUAUCUGAUCGUCAAGUUGGUGUUUGGGAUAUUAAUAAUAUUGAUAAGGGCCCAAUUGAUGGCUUUAUGGUUAUUGACGCCUCCUCUGGUGUUUUGAUUCCAAUUUUUGAUGAAUCAAACUCAAUCUUAUAUUUAGCUGGUAAAGGUGAUGGUAACAUUCGUUAUUAUGAAUAUGAAAAUGAUGUCUUACAUGAAUUAUCUCAAUAUAGUUCAACUGAUCCUCAAAGAGGUUUCGCUGCAGCUCCUAAAUCCACUGUUAAUGUAAAAGAAAAUGAAAUUUUGAAAUCUUUCAAAACUGUUAAUGAUCACUCUAUCGAACCUGUUUCCUUCAUUGUUCCUAGAAGAUCAGAAUUGUUUCAAGAUGAUAUCUACCCGGAUGCUCCUUCUUCUAAGCCAGCUUUAACUGCUGAAGAUUGGCUCAGUGGUAAAGACAGUAAUGGACCUUUAUUAUUGAAAAUGGGUGCCAUUUAUGAAGGAACUCAGCCAGAUAUAAGAGAAUCUGAACCUGCUGUUAUUGUUGAUGAAGCCAAAGCCAAGGAAGCUUCUUCAAAAGAAGAAUCCAUCAAGGAAAAGCAAAAAACUAAGGAAAGAGUUGAACAAAAAGAAAAAGAAAUUACAAGAGAUGUCACUGAAUCCAGCUCUGCUAAAGAAUCACCUAAAGCAACUGUUGAUGAUUUAUUGAAAACUUCCACUAAAGUCGACACUAUGCUCAAUAAAGUCAAUGACGAGUCUGACGAUGAAGAUUCAAAGAGAAUAAGUCAAGCAAGUAAAGAUGAUGACUGGGAAAAAGUUGAAAAACCUGAAACACCAAAAGUUGAACCAAAAGUUGAACCAAAAGUUGAACCAAAAGUUGAACCAAAAGCUGAACCAAAAGUCGAACCAAAGAAGGAGGAACCAAAAGUUGAACCUAAGAAGGAAGAACCAAAACCUGAGCCAAAGAAGGAAGAGCCAAAGCCUGCAAUUAAAGAAGAAUCUAAAAUCGAAUCUAAACCUGAUACUCUUUCAGCUCCAGCUGCUAAAGAAGCAUCUCCAAAUACAUCCAACUCCACUAAAACAGCAGGUGCCCCAACCUUAAAGGCAACUGUAGAAAAACUUGCAAGUCUUGUCGAAAAUUUGGAAUCUCAAGUAACUAAGUUGACUGAUGCCGGUUUAGCGAAGGACGAAAGAUUAAAAGUUUUAGAAAAUAAAAUAGAUGAAUUGUUGAAAAAAUAGACAUUUAAAAUAUGCCUUUGAAAAUAAAAUAGAGAUAUAUGGUGUAUAUACUAGAAUUUCCUUAGUUAUUGUUGAAAUACUAC